AUGAACAUCGUCCGUAUCCAACUUCAUUCAUCACAGAUCUCCAUACCGAACAACUCUCAAUUGCAUUGUGUUUCAUGGAUGCAAAAUUUGGGUUAUGUGGCCACCGGAGGUACUGACGGUGUUCUUAAGGUUCUCAAGCUCGCACCAAGCACACAUCCUCGAGGCUCGUCCGGACCGACAAACCUUUCAGUCAAUCAGAAUCUCGAUGGACAUAGCGGUAUCGUGCAAGUGGCAGCUUGGAACGAAGUAUAUCAAAAGCUAACGACAAGUGAUAGUAAUGGACUAAUAAUUGUUUGGUUAACGCAACGAGAUAGUUGGUAUGAGGAAAUGAUCAACAACCGCAACAAGUCUGUUGUUGUCGAUAUGGCGUGGAGUCAUAAUGGCACGAAAAUAGCGAUCGCAUACGAAGACGGACAAGUUAUCAUUGGUUCAGUAGACGGAAAUCGUUUAUGGAGCAAAGACAUUACGGGCGAGUUGGCUGCUGUUUGCUGGUCUUAUGAUUCCUCACUUUUGCUGUUCGGUAUGGCCGAUGGUGAGGUGCAUGUGUACGAUGCUAGUGGUACUUUUGUGCAGAAGGUACACAUGGUAUGCCUUGAGAAUGUGGAACUUGAAACUGCUCUCACGAAAGACUUGCGGAGAGACACUAUUAUAUCAAUGCAGUGGUACGUCGCGGCGCUUGCGUCCAAGAUCUACGAUGGUCGCCCAAACGAUGCAGGAGCCUUUGGUGAAUCAUCCAUGAACCCAGCAACCGUGGGACGCAUCACACUUGAAGCAGCCACUCAUCCACUCUUCCGUGGCCAUAUCCCCGAAGACCGUCCACGAUUUCUCAUUGCAUAUAAGCACGGAGUAGUACAAUUGAUGAGAAAUGAAAAUGAUGCUAUCCAAUUGAGUUCAGUCAUUUUUAUGUUUCAUAAUAAUACCUUUAGCAUUUCGCGCGUCUUUUCAGGUCCAAUUGUGAUCAAGCUGCCGAAUAUGAUUUUAAGCAAGGCGAAGUGGAGUCCAGAUGGUUCUUUGCUUGCAAUUUGCGGUCUACAAACUGAUCUUGAUGUUGAAAAGUGUGUCGUCCAUUUUGUGACUGCUUAUGGCGAUCGCCAGCGUCUCCUUCAAAUUCCCGGCCAAACUAUAUCCGAUUUGACAUGGGAAGGUGGAGGGCUGCGUAUUUGUAUGGCAAUCGAUUCUCACCUCUUCUUCGCAAACAUUCGCCCCAACUACACGGUAUUUCUUUGCAACGUGCUAGUUAAUCUCUAUCGGACUUAUGGUAAUAGAUGUUCAUUUCAGUGGGCAUAUUGUGGGCAAACAGUGGUUUACAGCUAUGAACGAUCCGAACAAAAUGAGCAUUGUGUUGUAUUUUUUGAGACAAAACUCGAAGAAUGUUAUCAGAAAUAUGUGAAACAAUUGUUACAUAUUGCUGCAUUCGAAGAUCAUUGUGUGGUGGUGAAUCGUGCUGAUGAUCAAGCUGGAAUGUACUUUAUGCAAAUUUGCAACGGAAUUGGUACUCCGGUGGAUUCGAAGUAUAUUGAUUUGGAACCGAAAUUUGUUGCAAUGAAUGGCUCCGAGGUGCUGGUUGCCAGUGCUGAUGCGUUUUUCCUGUGGCGCUAUGUGAUUCCGAGAAGCUCUCGACGUGAAUCAUUACCAACCAGCACGAAUACCAGUGACUUGUACGUGAUUUGUAUGCUUUUGGAUUGUCGAGAAUCCGGCUCAGUUCAACGAUAUUCGUUACCUCAGAUCAUCCUAAAGAAUACAUUCCUGUUAGGAUGUCGAGUUGAACGAAUGGAACUGAACUGCAAUGGAACAAGAUUGGCUGUUCUAACGUCGCAAGGAAUGCAACUGUUUGAAAUCAGUGAAACUUCAACUAAAAUGAUGAACUUCGAUCGAAAGGAUGUUUGGUGUAUUAAGUGGGAUGCGGAGAAAGACGAUACAAUCGCAGUAAUGGAGAAAACACGAAUGUAUGUGGUGAGAAAUACGGAGUGUGAAGAACCGAUCGUCAACAGCGGAUAUUUGUGUUCAUUUCAUAAUCUCACUGUACGAACUGUACUUCUGGAUGAGAUCAUGAAAAGUCCUGAGAAUCCAGAUAAAUCCUAUAUCGUCGACGUAGAAAUCAAGUCGUUGAGAGAUGCAAAGAAUCUUCUGGAGAAGAUGAAAAUUCAAGAAGCUACAGCAUUCAUCGAGAAGAACAGCCAUCCCAAGUUGUGGUCCUUGCUGGCUGAGGUGGCGUUGAGUCGUCUGGAUACAGCAACUGCUGAACAUGCAUACGUGAUGCUCAAGGACUACGCUGGAAUUCAGCUGAUUAAACGUAUCAACGGUAUCCAGCACGAAGACUUCAAACGUGCUGAAAUCGCAGUUUUCCUCGGUCGUUUGGACGAGGCGGAAAAGAUCUAUAUGGAGCGUGAUCGUCGAGAUUUGGCGAUUGCAAUGCGUCGUAAGAUGAACGAUUGGUUUCGGAUUAUGGAGAUCGUUCAACGAAGCUCAGGGCCUGGCGACGAUCAGCUUCUGAAGCAGGCUUGGAAUCAUGUUGGCGAUUAUUAUGCUGACCGUCAGAACUGGAUGCAAGCAGCCUUCUAUUAUGAAAAAUGUGAAAAUUAUGAACAAUUAAUUCGAUGCUAUUUGAUGAACGAUAAUUACGAGAAACUCGGAAAUCUAUCCAAGCAACUACCUGAUGGUCACGAUCUCCUGAAGAUGAUCGGUGAAAUAUUCGGUGGAGCCGGUUUAUGUGAGCAGGCCGUCAACUGCUAUCUAAGAUGUGAUAUGUUGAACGAUGCGCUUGAUGUUUGCAUUCAGUUGAAUCAAUGGGACAAAGCCGUGCAGCUAUCGAAAACACAUAAUUUACGUAACGUCGAUGCACUCCUGGGAAAGUAUGCUGAACAGUUAACUGGUAGUAACGAAAAGACAUUAGCCGCGGUGCAGUUGUAUCGGAGAGCCGGAAAGUUCCUGGAAGCAGCACGAAUCGUGUUUGAUAUUGCCAAUGAGGAACGCAAGAAACAAGCGCAGCCGUUACGUUUGAAGAAGUUGUACGUGCUGGGAGCACUUCUUGUCGAGCAGUAUCAUGAUCAGAACAAAGCUGAAGUGGCGAAAGAUGCUGAUAACAAGAGUGGUGCCGAAGUGGCUCUGCGAGGUCUUCUGGAGGAAGAUAAUGCGUUGUCACUGGCUGACACUUCAUUAAUUGACGGUGCAUGGCGUGGAGCUGAGGCUUAUCACUUCUACAUGCUAGCACAGCAUCAGCUUUAUGAAAGUACCAAUGCCAUUGGAAUAUUCACAAUUAAUCUUCUAUCAACUGAUUACUUUAUACCAGAUGAUGUGGACGCUUCAAUGAAGACGGCCCUCCAUUUAACAGAUUUCGAUGACAUCCUGGAGCCAGUUGAAGUCUAUUCGUUACUUGCGUUGGCCAGCUGCGCAGCAAGACAGUUCUCAGUGUGCAGUAGAGCAUUCAUUAAACUCGAAAGUCUCCCAUCUAUAACACCUCAAGAAAGAGAAGCAUACAGCAAACUGGCACUCACAAUAUUCACAAAGUAUCCACCAAAUGACACCCGUUUGGUUCAGGUCGAAUGCACUGGAUGUGACGCACACAUACCCGAUUAUUGCCAAAUGUGUCCAAAUUGUGACACUAAAUUUCCAACUUGUAUUGUCAGCGGAAGACCGUUACUUGAUUAUCAGUUCUGGUUGUGUCCUACGUGUAAGCACCGCGCUUAUGAGCAGCAAAUCAGCUCCAUGCGUUACUGUCCAUUGUGUCAUGGAGAAGUUUGA